GGAUCACACCGCUUGUACAAUAGUAACUGGAUUGAGCAGAAGGAAUCGAGAACCAGUCAGUCUUGUCUGCGCAGUCUUUGUCGAUCCUUUGAGGAGAGAGGUUCUUAUCCGACGAGCAAACGUGCAGUGUUUACUUACACAAUGGGUUCUCUAACUAUUCUCCUGUCAGUUAUCACCGUAUUCGUGGUUAUAUCUUAUACGGAAGCAGCUGGCUCCUGCCCGCUGGCGUCCAAAGUGUACGGCUGUAGUCCGAAGUGCGUUCAGGACUACGAGUGCACGCACGGCAAGGUGUGCUGCUCGAACUCCUGCAACGCCAAGUCUUGCGUGGAGCCUGCCGCGUACGGGGGCACCGGCAGCUCUAGCAAAAAUUCAGGCGGCAACAGCGGCAGCGUGUACUGUGACAAUGCAAAAUGCCAGUCGGGAGAGGUGUGCAAGAUGGACCAGAAGACCAAGAGGAAUAAGUGCAGCCGCCCUUAAGCUAUAAAUCUAUUAUUAUUUUUUACUUACUUUAUAAAAAUGUAAUAAAAAAUUUCUAAAAAAUAUAUACGUAUCUACCUAAAUUGUAUUAGAACUAAUUGUUUCAUUAAACAAAGAAGCUUAAUAUUGUUGUUAGCUGCUAUCACAGAAUUUAUAGCUCUGCUACUGAUACUGACUGAUACUGGGAAAGAGUUUACCGUAUGUCACACUGACAUUUGUCUAUUCUACACGCCGUCUGGAGAAGUAACCUCGACCUUAGAGAAGACCACAGUGAAGUAACUACUUUUCGUAGUAUUAUUCAUCUGUCAGUGAGUAAGGUUACAGGGCUCCACGGGGUCAGGGUAGGCGUCUGGCUAUGGGAGCCGCUUACCAUCAGGCGGUCCUUACGCUUGUCGGCAAUGAAAAUAUCCAAUUCAUAAAUUUUACAAAGUUUACAAAUAAAUACAUAUUUCCAACACUCACACCAAUUAGCGUAGCCCAGGGGUCGGCAACCUUUUGUGUCGGAAGAGUCAAAAAUUUUAAUUUACAACAUUUCAAAGAUUUUAAAGAGCCACAAAAAGUUUUCUUGCUAGCAAUAAAUAGUCCUUGCCG